CCAAGAAGAAAAGCCCAAAAGAGCAUGUAACCUCCGGCCACCAUUUGUCUCAAGCAGCUCGUUCCUACACUGCACGUGCCCCCUUAUAAAAAGCCACGUAAUUUUGAUGUUGAUAAUGAUGACCAUCAUAAUACCAGUAGAUUACUAAACUGCCUCAGGUCUGGUGGUCCUCAGCUAAUAGAAGUAGGCAUACAAACUGAAGUAGCCAAGCCAAGGCCUCCCUAUCUCCACUAACUCGGCACUCUCGAGUCUUGAAUUCAACAACCAGGCAAAUUAAUGGGAGAGGAGGAAAAAAAGCCCGCAGGAGAAGAGAAGAAUAUGGAGGAGAAGAAGCCCGAGGAAGCGAAGAAACCUGAGGGAGACAAGGCUGAAAAGAAAGAAGAGGAAAAGCCAGCAGAGAAACCACCAGUAGAAGAAAAGAAAGAAGAGAAAAAACCAGAUGAUUCAAAGGAAUCCAAAGAGGAAUCACCUCCACCUCCACAAGAAAUUAUCCUAAAGGUUUACAUGCAUUGCGAGGGUUGUGCUCGUAAGGUCCGGAGAUGCCUAAAGGGUUUUGAAGGGGUUGAAGAUGUAAUCACUGAUUGCAAGACUAGUAAGGUGGUAGUAAAGGGAGAGAAGGCGGAUCCACUGAAGGUUCUAGAGAGAGUUCAGAGGAAGAGCCAUAGGCAGGUCGAGCUCAUUUCUCCGAUCCCAAAACCGCCGUCUGAGGAGGAGAAAAAGGCAGCUGAAGAAAAGGAGAAGCCUAAGCCAGAAGAGAAGAAAGAAGAACCUCCGGUGAUCACAGUGGUCCUAAAGGUUUACAUGCAUUGUGAAGCCUGUGCAAUGGAAAUUAAGAGACGGAUGCAGAGAAUGAAAGGUGUGGAAUCAGCUGAACCAGAUCUAAAGAGCUCACAGGUAACAGUGAAGGGUGUGUUUGAUCCUCCAAAACUAGUAGACUACGUAUACAAGAGAACGGGCAAGCACGCGGUGAUAGUGAAGCAGGAGGCAGAGAAAAAAGCAGAAGAAGAGAAAGGAAAAGAAUCCAAAGAAGAGAAAAAAGAAGACGGAGGAGGUGGUGGUGGUGACAAAGGAAAUAAAGGUGGUGAACAGGGAGAAAACAAAGAAAAGAACGAAAGCGAAGGCGAGGCCAAACCGGAGGCGGCAGCACCCACAGAAGAGACCAAAGUGCUGGAGCUGAAAAAGAAUGAAUACUACUAUUACCCACCAAGGCAUGCCAUGGAGUUGUAUGCCAUGGAGUUGCAUGCCUGCACUCCUCAGAUCUUCAGCGACGAGAACCCCAACGCAUGUUCUGUUAUGUAAAAAGUUUUUGGAUUCAGGGGCAAAUAUGGGAUUUGGGAAAAAAGGGUUGAUAAUAUGCCCAUCCUGCACUUUCUUACGUGUGUUUGGUGAAAGUAUUAAUCUACACAUUGAACGCUAGAAUUUUGUGAUC